AAUGCAAGAGCUGAAGUGUGCGUUUUGUGCAACGCCGUUCUUCAACGACUGAAGGGACAUCGUUCACGCCGACGACUUGGAUUUUACGGCCAGUCAUGACCCUGGGAUAUUGAGCCUCGGGGACUUUGAUACUCCUCAAAUUCCGAGGGCUGAGAACACUGGCAUUACCGCGGAAACGGGGUGGACCUUUGACCAAUCCGCUGGAGCCGGCAGACCUCCGCGAUGAUCAGGACGUCAGUCACCGCUCUCUUCAUCACUUUGCUGGUGGUGAGUAGCACCAAGGCUCGGCCAAACAAGAAGCCAAAACAAGUCGUGCCGCUGAUCGAGUGCGAUGUCCGGGCAGGGAAGGUCAACCUCCCAGAAUUCAUUGCGAAGUGUCCCGCCAACUGCCGGGAGUCCAAGCAGCCGGUGUAUGGCUCGGAGGUCUACGCCUCCAUCUCCAGCAUCUGCAACGCCGCCAUCCACAGCGGAAUCAUCACCAAUAUGGGCGGGAAGGUGAUCGUGAGCAAGAUGGCGGGCCAGUCCUCCUACAGAGGCAGCUUCUCCUACGGGGUGCGUUCCCUGUCCCUGCCCAAAUGGAGGGAGUCUUUCAAAGUCUCAGUGGGCAAGCCAAGGAAGGGCGUCCUAUAUCCGUCUACGCUAGACUACGCUACUGCACGCCAAACUUCAGUUUCAACAGAGCUCAGAGAGGCAGAUGUUUCCUCGGAAACCGUUGCCCAGCCGAAGGUCGCCGAGGCAACCACGACCGCCCCUCCGACAACCAGCGGCCCCCUCCCCACCACCAACUCACGAGCGGCCGUCUACAAAGUCAGGGAUGACGGGAGCAGUCGCCCAUUCACGGCUGGGAUGGGGGCAGCGACGGGCCCAGGGCAGACACUCAGUGUACCAGUGCAGGGAUCAGCUCAGGGUAUGAACAGACAGGACCCCCUCUCUGCCCUCAGGAGACAUUCCGGAACCUCUUCCGUCCCAGUGUAUAACAGACUACAGGCUGUGGAUCCAGAGAGGAACCCCCAAACAGGGCCGCCCAACCCCACUUUCGUGAGAAGGGACUGGCCCCCUCCCCCUUACAUGUAUCCAGACUGGUUCUCUGCGCCAAGACCACCCGCAGGUGCUGACAUUGGUCACGCUGGACACUCCUGGAGAGGGCUGGAGACAUCAGAGACCGCAGAGCGGAACUCCAGGCCGAACAUCCCUGACUACGACCACUGGCAGUAUGGCUUCCAACCCUGGGCCGGAGAACACGACACCAGCCGAAAUCCUCUCCCGGACACGACCCACACCAGAUUUAAGCCCAUAGAUGCCUGGACGGUAGAAGGGGACCCUUUGAAUACAGGGCCCGGAAUGCCGGAGAAUGAGCCUCUUCCCAGCAUUCCAGAGCCAGUGUCUCAGGGAGAUCCAAGCUGUAAGGUGGACCUGGCCUUCCUGAUGGACGGCAGCUGGAGCAUCGGACGCCGGCGCUUCCAGAUCCAGAAGGACUUCCUGUCCGCCGUGUCCCAGGCCGUCAGCGUGGGCGUGGCUGGCCCCAUGAUGGGCAUCGUCCAAUACGGGGACGACCCCGUGACGGAGAUUAGCCUGAAGACCUUCCUCAACCCCCGAGACCUGACGGCCGCCAUCGCCAACAUCAACCAGAAGGGGGGGCUGUCCAACGUGGGUAAGGCGCUCUCCUACAUCAACGAGCACUACUUCACCGACGGCAACGGUAACCGGGGCGGCGCUCCGAACGUGGUGGUGGUCCUGGUGGACGGCUGGCCCACGGACCGGGUGGCGGAGGCCUCGCGACUCGCCCGCGAAUCCGGCAUCAACAUCUUCUUCGUCACCAUCGAGGGCCCAGACGAGCAGGAGAAGAGGAACGUGGUGGAGGCAGAUUUUGUGGAUAAGGCGGUGUGCCGCACGAACGGCUUCUUCUCCCUGCCGGUGCCGAGCUGGUUCGAGCUGCGGGCGGCGGUGCGUCCGCUGGUGAAGCGCGUGUGCGACACGGACCGGCUGGUGUGCAGCAAGACCUGCCUGAACGCCAACGACAUGGCCUUCGUCAUCGACGGCUCCAGCUCGGUCGGCACCGGAAACUUCCGCACCGUGCUGCAGUUCGUGGCCAACGUGACGCGCGAGUUCGAGAUCUCGGACACGGACACGCGCGUGGGCGCGGUGCAGUACACCUACGAGCAGCGGCUGGAGUUCGCCAUGGGCCAGCACGACAGCAAGGCCCGGCUGCUGGACGCCAUCCAGGCCAUCGAGUACUGGAGCGGGGGCACCAGCACCGGAGCCGCCAUCGCCUACGCCUCCGAGCAGCUCUUCAGCCAGUCCAAGCCCAACAAGCGCAAGAUCAUGAUCGUCAUCACCGACGGGCGCUCCUACGACGACGUGCGCACCCCCGCCCUGGCCCUGCACCGCUCCGGCGUGACGGCGUACUCCGUGGGCAUCGCCUGGGCGGCUCAGGAGGAGCUGGAGUACAUCGCCACCGACCCCGACAAGGAGCACUCCUUCUUCGUGGAGGAGUUCGACCACCUCCACAAGUUCGUGCCCAAGCUCAUCCACAACAUCUGCCAGGAGUUCAACUCACAGCCGCGGAACUGAGG